AUGGGAAAUAAUAGCCAAAACCCUAAGUGCAAAAAAGUAGAAAAACUAGCAGCCUUCAGGAGAAAAACAAAGGCUUGUUUUGAACAAGUAACCAUUGAAGAUCCAGAACCACAGAUUGGAACAGAGGAUGAUGUAUUAUAUGAUGGUGCCGCAGAUGAAGAUAUACCAGUAGGUGGGGAUUUAUUUGCAGAAGGUGUCACCAAGAACUUGGAUAGUAGGGUUGAGAACGGCCUGCAACAGCACAAGUUCCCUCAACUGACUGUUAGGGAUGAAGAGGUUGAAGUGAGAGAAGAUGAUGAUUUGAAUGAAGACUCAGAGGAGGAAGGCAGUGGAGCAGAAUCAGAUGAUGAUAAGGUGGAUGAGGGACCAGUAUUCAAUCCUAAGGAUGUUAGGAAGGCCAUUAGGCACCAUGCUAUUAUGAACAGGUAUGAUUACUAUUUCUUGCAUAACAAUACAAGAAGAGUUAGUGUAUACUGUAAACAUAGAUGCAAGUGCCCUUUGAAGUACGGUAGGUAUAUAGAAUGCAUAUGUGAUGAGCAGAAGUGUUUAUUUAGAAUUCAUUGUAGAAAAUUAAAAUUGGAGGAAACUUGGCAGAUUAAAAGUAUGACCAGUGAACAUAGUUGUGGAUUUCACAGUGCAAAUCCCAAAGUUACAUCUGAGUUUCUAGCUGAAAGGUAUUUAGACCAUUUUAGGGAUGACCCCAAUCUGAAGCUCAAAUACUUCAUGAAGUUGAUUCUUAGGGACAUUGGGGUAAGUGUGAAGUAUCACAAGGCCUAUUAUGCCAAGGUCAUUGCUCUUCACAUGAUUCAUGGUAGUGCAUUAGAGCAAUACCAAAGGGUUUGGGACUACGCUGCUGCAGUUAGGAAGUAUGUAGUAGGUUCAUCUGCGUUUGUUAUUGUGAGUGACAUAGAAAGUCCCCCAACUACAUUCCAAAGAAUGUACAUCUGUUUACAGCCUUGUAAGGAGGGGUUUCUACAAGGUUGUAGGCACAUAAUUGGUGUUGAUGGUUGCCACCUGAAAGGGCAAUGGCCAGGAGUAUGUUUGGUAGCUGUUGGUAAAGAUGGGAAUAAUAACUUGUUUCCCAUAGCGUGGGCUGUUGCAGAAGUUGAAAAUAAAUAUAGUUGGACAUGGUUUCUUGAUCUGUUGACCAAAGAUCUUGGUAGUGUUACUGAACACAUCACUUGGGUCCAUGAAAAUGAGCAGCUAACCUUCAUGUCUGACAGGCAAAAGGGACUAUUGGAUGCAUUCUCCAAAGUAGUGCCAAAUGCAGAUGUAAGGUAUUGUUGCAGACAUAUAUGGGCCAACUUCAAACUCAAUUUUGCAGGAACGGCUUUUAAGUCUUUGUUUUGGCAGGCAGCAAGGGCAGGGACCAAAGCAAUAUUAUAA